AUGACAUCGCAUGAUAAACGUAUGGACGAGUGGACGACUGGUUGUCCGCAGUCGAGAGCGACAGUUGCGACUCAAUUUGCGAGUCGUGAUAUUGAGUAUUGCAUGCAGAUGUUACACGCGAUGGACGGCGAGAAGGCGUGUUAUGGCGAGCGUAUGCAGGCUUCACGGCACCUUGCGCAUAUAUAUGGCGGGCUUGGUGAUGUAAAGAACUUCAAGAAGUGGAGCUUCAUGACUGCGUGGAUUUUGAGACUAGGCGGAAGUCCGAUGUAUCUUAUAUGGGAGUUUUGGUAUGCGAACCCAUCUGCCUUUGCACUCUGGAAAACAGUAGCGGAUUUGAAAGAGACUACACCCCAGGGAAAGGACACUAGUUAUACUGUAUAA